CUCGGAUAUUUGAAUGCUUUAGCUUCGCGAUAUAAAGUCUAAACCAGGGAUGCACAGCUCAGGAGACGUCAUAAGUUCGAACAGGGCACGUGAAUGGUUUGAUAAUAUUAAUGGUUUGAUAAUUCGUGUAUUUAUCAUAAAUCCGUAUAACUCACGUUUAUAUCGAAAUAAACUUACCAUGUUCAUUCAAACAUUGCUAGUUCGUUCCUGUUAUCGGAAGGUAGUAUAAGGACAAGCUUGGUAUUUUGGAACCGAUAAAACAUUAUCAAAUAUGAAUAUUUCUUACAAAUUCUUUUCUUCACACGUUUGUCGAAUCUGUCAUCGGUCAAUCAAUUGGGAACCCAAAUCACCGGUCUCCAUCGCUUCGGCCAGUCGUCUGUAUUCAGGCUCACCAUCACCGAAAAAUUCAAAAUCGGAAGACAAUCGCUCGAAAGAAAAAUGGUGGUCAAUAAGCAACGAAUGGAAGAUUAUUACGACCAUCGGGAUUGGAAUCGCGUCAUGGUUUGUUAAUGCGAAACAAGAUAGAAUCCACAGUAGGAAGCAAAUGAAAAUGAAUUUGGUUAGCAGCCAGCUGAAAGAACUUUAUGGGCCUUUGUACGGCAACCGGAUUGUUGCCGAAACGUCUUAUCGAGCAGCCAUGAAAGAAUAUGGAGGAUUGCGAAAUUAUCUUGAACAAGCUAGAAAGGAAAGGGACGCUGAGAUGAUUAAAAGAUGGAGGUCGUAUGUUUGGACUGUUCUCUACCCGUUGGAUGAGGAGGCUGUGGAUAUAAUAUGCAAACACGCCCAUUUGAUUGCAGAGAAGGAUUUUCCGGAAGAGUUUGACACAUUUUUGAAACAUAUUGCACGCAUGCGAUUUGUUAUGGAGCAAUGGAAAAAUGAAAAAGGAAACUUGGAAUCAACGAAAGAGUUCACGGAGGAUGACUUUCUUGAGGAUACAAAUUCGUCCGGAAUUGGUGGAAGCAAAUCUAUGAUCAAUCAUCUCCAACUGAAAUGCAAACAUUUGAGAAAGCAGCAACAAGAAUACGUAGAAGAUAUAAGUGUAGAUAAUUUGACUCUAGGAAUGUUGAAUAAGAUUAAAAUUUGAAUGGUCCGGUGUGAAAACGACGUGAAAUUGUAUUUUUUUUUACCCCAGAUCGUUUUUAUGAUCAUCUACAGCUUGCCUAAUCGUUGAGAUUUUGCCCAAUAGCCUGUAUAAUUUGCGCAAUCCUAUCGUGUUAUUAUACUAUUAUACAGUUAGUUGCUGUGUAACAAAGUAUAAGAUGGUAAAUGGUGACUGUCAUUGGUGCACUGGUUGCGUCACCCCUAUACAUUUUCUCGUAUUUUAUUUACUCGAAUAUUUGAUUUUUUACGAAUCGCAUAUGUAAUAUGACAUUGCUUUUAGAAUAAAAUAUACUCUAUACACAUUAUUUAUCUUAAACACAAGUACGAUAUGAACAAUCAUGAUUACACACUAAGUCACAAUUUGAGGUCAAAUGCCUAUGGAUUUUAUGUGUCUAUUACCUAUCAUAGGGAAUAUAUUUAGGUUAAAUCGAUAUUGUUGUUUUCUGAUUAUUUAAAAAAAUAUUGGAUUGUGGGCUUUGUAUUUACGUAUAGUUGAAUAUAUAUAAUAAAUAUACCAUCACUUGUAGUAA